CAUCCUGAUUCACUUCGCGAACAUGGCUUGUAAAUCACGACAUGGAAAUCGUUACCCUGGCCGGUCCGCAACGGUCAAGCUUCCAUCACCCAUGAUUCACGGCGCAAAGAUAAAUCUACAAGUCACGACAUCCCGCCAUCUUCCCGUUUCUUUCCGAUCCGAUCCAUUACGCACUCGCGCACUAACUAACCACCUGACCGGAAGGAACUGCAAUUUCGCGAACCAUCUUUGUUGA